AUGUAUGAGAAAGUUCUUGUGCUUAAAAAAAGUGCCAUUGAUGAACCAAUAGCAGAUGAUGCCGGGAGCCUCCCCCGGCCGGGACCGCAUCCCGGCCAGCGGGAGUACUUCCAGGUGCUGGUGCGGACCCGCGAAGGAGCCGACAGCACGCCGCCCCGGCCCAGCUUCCUGGCGCUGCUGAUGGUGGAGGUGGAGCAGUUCGCCCUCACCCCGGCCGUGCUGGCGGCUGAGGACCGGGAGACCCCCCCGGACCUCCUGAUCUUCAAUCUCGUCUCUGCCUGGCCCAGCGACCCGCGGCGGCAAGGCUUCCUGCUCAGCACCGAUGACCCCGGCCGCCCCCUCGGUGCCUUCUCGCAGCAGGAGGUGAGGGAGCUGAAGAUUGCUUACCAGCCCCCUACACUGGACUCGGACCACGAGCGGCUUUUCCAGGUGGAAAUGGAAGUGCUGGACCCUGACGGUGCCGCCUCAGAGCCUUUUGCUUUCGUGAUCCUGGGAAAGCCCAUGAACGCGUUGGCCCCUGUGGCCGCUUUCAGUCGCGUGGCUGGCCCGCAGCUGAUGCUCUUUGAGGGCCAGUCACGGCCCCUGUCUGGCAACCUGGAGAUCAGUGAUGAGGACAAUCUGAAAGAGGUGAAGGUCUGCGUCACGCGGGGCCUGCGAUACGGGAGGCUUGAGGUGCUGGGUGUACCGCCCAGACGCAAAUACUUCACUGCUGCAGAGCUUGCAGCAGGGCGAGUGAUUUACCAGCACGAUGGCAGUGAGCACAGCUACAGUGACAACAUUAUUUUCCGCAUGACAGACGGGCAGCAUCAGAUUGAAUUUCUAUACCCCAUCACCAUUGCCCCUGAUGAUGAUCAGCCACCGCUGCUGAAUGCAAAUACAGGGCUGGUACUGAGCGAGCACCAGACUGUCCAAAUCUCACCUUUUGUCCUCAGUGCUACAGACAUUGACUCUGAUGAUGCCUCUAUCCGUUUUGUCCUGGUUGGGGACUCUGCAGUGUCCUUACUACACUCCCACCCCUUUGGUGAGCUGCUGCUGUGUCAGGCAGAGCAACCAGCAUCUUAUGAGAGCAAAGAAAAUGAAGCAGAGUUGGAGAGUGACUCCUCUUCCUCCCCCUGGCACUUUGUGGAGGAUGAACACGUGUAUGAGAGGGUGGUGAGCGAGUGGCUGCAGCAGGACAUCCUCAAUAGGAGGCUGUUCUUCCGUCACACGGGAGCUCACAGUGCCAGCCCGGUGACCGGCCAUGUCGUGUUCUGGCUGCAGGAUGACCACGACCCCCCUAACCGGUCAGGGGAGCACGUGCUCACUGUCAGAGUCCAACCGGUAGACAACCUGCCCCCUGCACUGUACCCAGGUACUAGCCUGCAGAUGACAGUGCGGGAAUACCAGCUGACUGUCUUUAAGAAGCACUGUUUACUGUACACUGACCUGGAUACGGAUGACAGGGAGCUGAAGUACACUUUACUGACACGCCCAACUGACACAGAUGAGAACCACUCUGUGGUCACUGGAGAGAUUGUGUUGGCCGACAGUCCCGAGAUGUCCAUUACACGUUUCACUCAAGCCCAGGUCAACCACCACAAGGUAGCGUAUCAACCCCCCGAGCAGGAGCUGGGGAUCACACCACGGGUGGUUCAGUUCACCUUCCUUGUAGAGGACUCCGCUGGCAAUUCUCUCCAAGGUACCUUUACUCUCUUCCUGCAGCCAGUGGACAACCAGCCACUUCAGAUCACCAAUACAGGCUUCACUGUGCUUGAAGGAAACAGCUUCCUUCUCACCAGUCAUCAGCUGGAUGCCACAGAUGAGGACACGUCUGCAGACCAGAUUGUCUUCACUGUAACUCAAGCUCCGGAGCAUGGCCAUCUAUGUUAUCUGGAGGAGGGUCUGAUCGUGCAAGGGGAAUCUUUCCUGCUAGAUCAUAUUGCUGGUGGGAGCAUCUCCUACAAGCACAGCGGUGAUGAAUUUGCCACUGAUUCUUACCAGUUGGAAGUGAGUGAUGGAGUCCACCACGUGCCAAUCACAGUCAAGGUUGCUGUGCAGCCUGUGGAUGAUGAAAACCCAAGUAUUGCUCUCCCUGGUCGUGACAGGCGUGUGGGAGCAGCCAUUGAUGUCCUGGAAAAUGGUGCUGCUGAAAUUACUACGUCACUUAUCCAGGGUCGUACAGAUGAGGAUACAGAUGACUUGGUGCUGACCUUCAUUGUGCAGGAUCCACCCAAGCUGGGUAACAUCCUCGUGGAUGGAGUGCAGUCAGAAAGGUUUACCCAGCAUGACCUCAUCAGCAGAACUGUAGCCUACGCUCACACCAGUGGAGAGAUUGGCUUGAAAAAGAGGUAUGAUUCUUUCAAUCUCACCAUUUCUGACCUCUCCAGUGAACGGGUGGUGGGCGUCAGCACAGUACAAAGGGUCCGUGUGGCUGUAACUAUAUUGCCUGUGGACAGCAUUGCACCUGAAGUGAUGGUUGCGGCAGAGCCGCUCAGUGUCCUGGAGGGAGGGAAGAGCACUCUAACUCUGGAUCAGCUGGAUGUAGAGGACGUAGAUACUCCUAGAGAUGACAUCUUGUGUGUUGUCACAGCUCAGUCCACUUCAGGAUAUUUGGAGAAUAUCUAUCCAGCCCCAGGGUCCGAGAAGUCUAAAGCUGAUAGUGCCAUUAGUGCUUUUUCCAUCAAAGAUGUUCGUUUGGGCCAUGUCAACUAUGUGCAGAGCAUUCACAAAGGGGUGGAGCCUGUGGAGGAUAGAUUCACUUUACAGUGCUCUGAUGGUGUUAACUUUUCACCUCACCAUUUCUUCCCCAUUGUCAUCAUCCCCACCAACGAUGAAAAGCCAGAGCUGUCUGUGCGUGAAUUCGUGGUGCUUGAGGGGAUGAGCCUGGUGAUUGACACACCCAUCCUCAACGGGGCCGAUGCAGACAUGCCUCCAGAUGAACUGCAUUUUGUUAUUGCUGUCCCUCCUAAACAUGGGCAGAUUGUGCAGCAGCUGUCCACAGGCACUGUGCCUGUUCACAGCUUCACCCCGGAGGAGAUCCAGGAGGCUUCCAGCAUUGUGUAUGAACAUGAUGACUCAGAGACAAAAGAAGAUAGCUUCCAAAUUCAGCUGACUGAUGGACACCACACAGUGGAGCAGAACGUGCCGAUUAUGGUGGUCCUGGUAGAUGAUGAGACCCCCAGGAUGGCAAUCAACAAUGGUCUGGAAGUAGAGAUCGGCAAGUCAAAGGUCAUCUCUAGUCAAGACCUUAAGGCCACCGACAUCGAUUCAGAGGACAAGAGCCUUGUUUAUGUCAUCCGUUUGGCACCUGUGCAGGGUUUCUUACAGCAUCUGAGCAGACAAGACAAAGUGCUGUGCAACAUUACACAAGGCACAAACUUCACAAAAGAUGAUUUAGAUCAGGGUUUUAUCAGCUAUGUUCAUACUGGCCUACAUGGAGUGCGUGAUCUGAUUAAAUUUGAUGUUACUGAUGGUAUUAAUGCUUUGAUAGACAGGUACUUCUAUAUUACCAUUGGUAGCAUUGAUAUAGUCUUCCCUGAGGUGAUCAACAAGGGUGUAACUCUGAAAGAAGGUGGGAAGGUGACACUCACAACUGAUCUGCUCAGCACAAGUGAUGUUAACAGUCCUGAUGAAAAUUUUUGUUUCAGUGUCACCUGGUCCCCAAUCCGGGGCCAUCUAGAGAAUUCAGACAGUCCUGGAGUACCCAUUGUUUCCUUUACUCAGCUCCAGCUUGCUGGCAACAAGAUUUACUACAUUAACACUGCAGAGGAUGAAGUGAAGAUGGACAGUUUUGAGUUUGAAGUGACAGAUGGGUAUAACCCAGACUUUCGUACCUUCAGGGUCUCUAUCACAGAUGUGGAUAAUAAAUAGCCAAUUCUAACUAUUGGUGACCUGGUUGUUGAGGAAGGGGAGACCAGGCUGAUCACCCCUUUUGAGAUGACUGUGGAAGAUGGGGAUACACCUGACCGUUUACUCAUGAUCACUCAGAUUCCUGUGCAUGGCCAGAUUUUGUACAACAGCUACCCAGUCACCAGCUUCACCAAACAAGACUUAAGUGAAAACCUUAUCAGCUACAGACAUGAUGGUACAGAAACCAGCCAGGAUAGUUUCUCCUUCACUGUGACUGAUGGGACCCACACAAACUUUUACGUUUUCCCUGACACUGGCAAGGAGAUCCAUCAAUCCCAGAUGAUGAAGAUACAGAUCAGCUCACUGGACAACAGAGUGCCACAGUUAGUGGUAAACAAGGGUGCCCCUACUCUGAGAAGGCUUCCAGCUGGGCAUCUAGGCUUCCUGAUCACUAGUAAGGUGCUAAAGGCAGAAGAUCGAGACAGUCCACACAAGCUGUUGAAAUACAAAAUAACAGAUGGGCCGGAGCAUGGCUUCAUCAUUAAUACCGGCCUCGGAAAUGUGAGCACAUUUACGCAAGCUGAUAUUGAUGAAAUGAAGAUCAGCUACAUCCUUAAGGAAGGCGAUAAUGCUACCAGUCACAUCUUCUAUUUCUCCAUUGAAGACAAUGGGGGAAAUAAGUUAAAGAGCCAGCCAUUUCGACUGAACUGGGCUUGGAUUUCACUGGAGAAGUAGAACUACGUUGUCAAUGAGAACUCCAAAUAUCUGGAGGUGACCAUCAGACGCAGAGGAUAUCUGCAAAAAACCUCUUUUAUCAGUAUUGGAACCAAAGAUGGUACAGCAGUAAAGGAUAAAGACUUCAAGGGGAAACCUCAGAAACAGGUCCAGUUCAAUCCAGGACAGGCUUCAGCUACCUGGCAAGUGAGGAUAUUUGCAGAUAAUGAAUACGAGGCAUCUGAAACAUUCCAGAUUGUUCUGUCUGAUCCAGUUAUGGCUGCUCUUGAGAUUCCAGUAAUAGCAACGGUUGAAAUUGUGGAUCCUGGUGAUGUAUCUACAGUGUAUAUUCCUCAGCCGGAAUACAGAAUAGAGGAAGAUAUAGGUGAAUUGCUGAUUCCUCUUAGAAGAUCUGGAGAUGUCAGUCAAGAGCUGAUGGUCAUUUGUUCUACACACCAAGGUUCUGCUACUGGCACAGUACCAUCCAUUGUCUUGUCUUAUUCUGACUACAUCUCACUUCCUGAAGAUCAUAGCAGCAUCAUUCAUUUUAAUAAGGAUGAGACUGAGAAAAUCUGUUGUAUUAUCAUUAUUGAUGACUCUCUCUAUGAAGAAGAUGAGACCUUCAAUAUUUCUCUGAGCAUGCCAGUGGGUGGCCAAAUUGGCAAUGAAUUCCCAAGCACUAAAAUAAUAAUUUUGGAUGACACAGAUGAUGAACCUGCUUUGUACUUUGCUAACACUGAAUAUCAAGUGGAUGAAAGCGCUGGUUAUGUGGAGAUUUGUGUCUGGAGGACUGGAACAGACCUGUCCAAAGCAGCUUCUGUCACAGUGAGUUCCAGAAAAACAGAACCAGCGUCAGCAGAGGCUGGAUUUGAUUAUGUGGGCAUCAGCCGUAACCUGGAUUUUACACCGGGAGUCAACAUGCAAGUGUUACAAGUGAUCAUCCAUGAUGAUUUGAGCCAGCCUAUUCUGGAAGGUUCAGAGAAGUUUGAACUAGUUCUCUGCAUGCCCACGAAUGCAGUGCUUGGAGAGCCCAGCAAAGCCACUGUCUUUAUCAAUGACACUGUCACUGACUGUAAGUAUAAAGGGAGUGGGGGACAGGUUGUUAAUGGCUCUCAUGAUAUUUAUGUUUCAGGAAUGCCGCCGGUUAUCUCCACACGCCCCUUAUCCAACUUUGAGCUAAUGCUUAGUCCAGAUGGCACUCGUGUGGGACACCACAAGUGCUCCAACCUACUUGACUAUAAUGAGAUCCAGACCAAACAUGGGUUUAUUACAGAGGAAAUGAAGAACCCCAAAGUGAUUGGAGAAACGUCACCUUACCAGUACAGCAGUGCUCUGCGGUCUGCCAAAACCUUGCACUUCUACCAGAACCUCAACCUUGAGGCUUGCCUUUGGGAGUUCAACAGUUACUACGAUAUGUCUGAGCUGCUGGCUGACUGUGGUGGAUCCAUUAGCACAAACAAAUGGGUCUUGAAUCUGGUGCAGUCAUAUGUAACUCUGCGAGUGCCUCUCUAUGUCUCCUAUGUCUUCCACUCCCCUGCUGCCAUUGGUGGCUGGCAACAUUUUGAUUUGCAAUCUGAACUGAGACUCACCUUUGUGUAUGACACUGCUAUCCUGUGGAAAGAUGGGAUAGGCAGCCCUCCUGAAUCGGAGCUCCGAGGCUCCCUCUAUCCCACGAGUAUGCGGAUCAAUGACGAAGGGCGACUAGUGGUGAACUUCCGAAUGGAGAUUCGUUUCCGGGGCCAGCUGGUGAUGUCCCACCCAGGAACAUCUCUGACAUCAAUGGUGAUAUCCACUGACCACCCUGGCCUCACGUUUACGCUCAGUCUGUUACAAAGUGAGCCGACCUUCCACCAGCCUGUGCAGCAGUGGAGUUUUAUUUCUGACUUUGCUGUACGAGAUUACUCGGGUACUUACACUGUGAAAUUCAUCCCUUGCACUGCUGCGCCUGGUCAGCAAUACACCCUUCCUGUCAUCUGCAACCCACGGGACCCGAUUGCGUUUGAUGUGGACAUCAGGUUCCAACAGGUCAGUGACCCAGUGGCAGCACAGUUCAGUCUGAAUACUCAAAUGUUUCUUCUGUCCAAAAAGGAGCUUUGGAUAUCGGAUGGAUCAAUGGGAUUUGGAGAAGGAGCUGAUGUAGCCUUUACUAAAGGAUCUGAAAUCUGUGGCCGAGUGAUGGUGGAUCCAGUUCAGAAUCUCAGCGACUCCUUCAGCUGCAACAUUGAGAAGGUGUUCCUCUGCACGGGUGCCGAUGGGUACGUGCCCAAGUACAGCCCAGACCAUCAGGAAUACGGAUGCCUGGCUGACUCACCCUCUCUCUUGUACAGAUUCAGGAACCUGGAUAAAGCUCAACCUGGGACACAAACAAGAGCCUUCGGAAACCUGGAGUUUCAUGCUGCAUUAGCAGCUGAUCAUGCAGAUGCUUUUCCUCUAGUAAACCAGCCUGGUUCUGAUGGUUUCAGCCUGUCAUCUGCUCCACUCUUCCAGGUGGCAGCUGGCCGAGAAUGGUACGUUCACACCAUUUAUACACUCCGAUCGAAGGAGAAUGCACACAGGCACAAUGGCAAAAGAAGCCUCGACUAUCACCACGUGUUGUCCUCCGCUAAAGGAAGCGUUAACACCACAGCCCUUAACCGCAGCAGAAGAGCCAACCCAGACAUCCCAGCCCUCACGCAGGGCAUCGGAGCAGAUAAAAACAGGGGCACGAAUAUUCAGCAUAUUGCGCUUGACCGGUCUGAGAAAGCUGUCGUGGUCCCAGCUGGCGUCACACAUCGCAGCCCAGUCCGGGAAAUCGCAAGCAGGGACCCUGGAAACAGUCUUGUACCCUUUACUGGAGGCUUGACAGGACUGCUGCUUCUGCUCAGCACUGUGCUUGUAACUCUUUUUUUUGUGGAAACAGAGGAAGCAGCCCUCUGCUGGGAAAAACAAAGCGCCCGUCAGCCACUCCAGCAGCAGUGGUGCUGUGAUCACACCACAUGACAGCAGGGACAGUUCAGAAGUCUAGACAAUUUCUUGGGUGCUUGUCUUUUAAGAUGUAUUUUCACCAAAAAGCAGACUCUCAAAUCUAGCUCUUGGCUGACUCCUUUGCACAGAUGCGUGGCUGCUCUUGUUCUAACACAGGUUCAAUUAUCUGGCAGCUAUUUCUGAGAGGGUUGGUAUAGUAGGUUGAUGUGAGUGACUUAUUUAUAGAAUUCAAACUCCAUGAAUGGGAGUUGAUGCUUUUUUCUUGGGUUUUUAAACCUUGCUUUUCUUUAAAGUUUUGAAUAUAUGCAGCUGUGCCUUAUAUCCACCAUGAAAGGUUGGUGCUUAGAAGGAUGCUGGGUUUGAUUACCUGUACAGUAUCUAGCUUUAUGUAACUGAUUUUGGUUUUGUGGGGUUUGUUGUUUUUUUUAAAUAAUUAUUGAUGGGGAAAUAAGAAGGUAGUAGUAUUACAACAUAAGCUAAGUAGUAGAUAAUGGUGUUGAGUGAUACCAACAGUUUUGUCUCAACUUUUAAUGAGGACCUCAGAUAUCUGUAUGGUGGUGGGAGACUCACAUAGGCAAGGCUGUACUUGCAAUUAUCUGUAAGGGAAGUAUCACAUGUGAUCAGUGAGAAUUUUGUGAGCAUCAGAAGGACACAGGCCUGCUCGAGCAGGUCCAGAGGAGGCCACGAAGAUCAUCAGGGGACUGGAGCACCUCCUCUCUGAGGACAGGCUGAGAGGUGUUCAGCCUGGGGAAGAGAAGGCUCCGGGGAGACCUUAGAGCAGCCUGCCAGUAAUGAAAGGGGCUACGGGAAAGGCGGGGAGGGACUCUUUAUCAGGGGGUGUAGGGAU